AUGAACGGUGGGAAAAGGAGGUUGUGGCCGACAAUAAAUAAAUUAAUAUAUAGAUUCGUUAUAGAUUGGGAAGGUUCGCAAUUAGGUUAUCCGAAGAUUGAGAGAGAGAUGGAGGUGGAGACGAUAAUGGCGUCGAAGGAUUUGUGUUUGUACAAUACGAUGACGAAUCAGAAGGAAACUUUAAAGCCAAUCAAUCCAGGGAAGAUCGGAAUGUAUGUCUGCGGAGUCGCACUUCACAGUUACGAUUCCCUCAAUCUCCACGAAGCUCGAACAUCCGUUGCUUUUGACGUCCUUUACAGAUACUUAAGGUACUUGGGUUACCAAGUUAAUUAUGUGCGGAGUCUUGGAGACCUUAAUAACAUGCUAUUCUUAAAAGCUGAGUUCCAUAGGGAGAACCCAGUAGACUACAGCAGUCGCCUCCGCAAGCAGUAUCUUGCAGAUAUGAAUGCUCUUCAGUGCCUCCUUCCCACCCACGAACCUCGUGUCAGUGACCAUGUGGAGCGCAUCAUCAAUAUGAUUAUAAAGGUCAUUGAGAAAGGUUAUGGGUAUCAAGUGGGUGGUGAUGUUUUCUUCUCGGUCCAUAAGUCACCAAACUAUGGUCAACUACUUUCUAGUCAAUCACUAGCUGGUAAUCGAGUCAGUCGGCGUGUUGCGCUUCUUGAUCUAAAAAAGCGCAAUCCUGCUGACUUUGCACUGUGGAUGGCUGCAAAACCUGGUGAAGAAGAACCAAGCUGGGAGAGCCCUUGGGGACUAGGUAGACCAGGAUUGCACGUAGAGUGCAGAGCAAUGAGCACCCUUUACCUCCCUCCGAGAUUUGACAUUCACGGUGGUACUGCAAAUCUGAAAUUCCCGCACCAUGAAAACGUGAUUGCCCAGACUUGUUGUGAAGAAGAUAGUAGUGGUGCGAAUUUCUGGUUGCACAGUGAGCAAGUCAUCUACAACGACGACCAUAAGUUGCGAAGACAUGGUCGAUAUAUUACAAUUGGAGAAAUGAUGGUCGUGUUUCACCCACUGGCUGUGAGAUACUUCUUGAUGAGUGUGCACUACCGCACUUCCCUGACCUAUACCAAGCACGAGCUAGAGGUUUCGUCAGACUCUUUGUAUAAUGUAUAUCAGACAUUACAAGAUCUUGUUGAAGCUCUGGCUCCAUAUCAAGAAGCACUAAAAGACAAGAAUAGAAAGUACUAUAAGCAGACUUCAGAAGCUCAAGACGCUAUUAAGAAAUUGUGGAGGGAUUUUGAAGAGAAAAUGUCAGACGACCUGAACUCACCUCACAUACUCAGAGACGCGUUGCCAAGAACGAUGAAACUCAUCAAGGUUUUAAUCACCAAACUCAAGAAGAAAACGAAGAGGAUGUCGCUGGUUGUGUCGCUGGUGGAGCUCGAGAAAGCAGCGAGGGGAAUCCUCGAUGUGCUUGGUCUGCUCACGAGUCUGAGCUACGAAGAGCUUUUGAAAGAGAUGAAACAAAAGGCAUUAGGAAGAGGAAACUUAGGGGAAGAAGAAGUAUUACAGUUGAUUGAAGAAAGGAAAACGAGACGGAACCUGAAAGACUUUAAGAGAAGCGACGAGAUUAGAGCUUGGUUGAAAAGCAGAGGAAUCUCCCUCAUGGAUAUUCCUGGAGGAAAAGACACUCUGUGGAGGCCCUCCUUCCUUUUCAGCCCUCAGCCUAAACCUGGAAAAUGAUACUCUGUGGAGGCCCAUGCUCCCUUGCAGCUCUAAGCCUUAACCUGGCGAGUCAAAGGCAACACCUCCUUGAUCAUUUUAAACUUAUGCUUCUUCUGCAGCAUAAUGAACUCUUUUUAUGUGUCUACUCUUUUUUUUUAAUUUAUGUUUUGUUGUUGUCCAAUGGAAGACAUAUUGAUGACUUAGGGCCUUAUGUUUAAACAAAUGCUGUGUGUUUUAUUUUAUGCCUUUAUUGGAAUUCAUAUUUUUCUCA